GGAAGAUGGCGGACAUUCAGACCGAAUGUGCAUACCAAAAGCAGCCCACGAUCUUCCAAAACAAGAAGCGUGUUCUGCUUGGAGAAACCGGCAAGGAAAAACUCCCUCGGUACUACAAGAACAUCGGUCUAGGCUUCAAGACGCCCAAGGAGGCCAUCGAGGGCACCUACAUUGACAAGAAAUGCCCGUUCACUGGCAACAUCUCCAUCUGAGGUCGGAUCCUGUCCGGUGUCGUGACCAAGAUGAAGAUGCAGAGGACCAUUGUCAUCCACCAGGACUAUCUUCAUUACAUCCGAAAGUACAAUCGCUUUGAGAAACGCCACAAGAACAUGUUCGUGCACCUGUCCCCCUGUUUCAGGGAUGUACAGAUCGGCGACAUUGUCACUGUGGGAGAGUGCAGGCCCCUGAGCAAGACCGUGCAUUUCAACGUGCUCAAGGUCACCAAGGCCGCUGGCACCAAGAAGCAGUUCCAGAAGUUCUGACCUGGAACAAAUAAAGUUAUUUUCUGGCUA